AUGUCUAAGAUUGUUGACAAAAAGUUACUGGAAUUAACUGGGAAAAUAAAAGCAUUGAACUUUGCGAUCAAAAAGUCUGACGAAGUUAUUGAUUCUACUAAAACCGAGGUUUUAACGCGACAAAUUAGUUCAAUAACGAACCAAAUUCAAGCAAUAUAUGCCUUAAAGGAGGAAAUAGAGGAGAUCAAAUUUACCGACAACGAUUCUGAGGAAAAUAUACAAAACUGGGCUGAGGAAAUCGAGUCGAGAAUUAGCGAAGCAGAUAACAAAGUAAGUGAAAUACGAGAGCGUUUGAAUGGGAUUAAAGAAACAGAGAGAGCAGCAGCCGAAGAAACCGAACGUGUUGCCAUAGAUAUCAAAAGACAAAAAUAACUUGAAUUCGAGAAACAAAAGUUCGAGCUAGAACAAGCAGCGAAGGAUGAAGAACAAAAGCGGGAAUUGAAGCACAAAACUGAAUUGUCAUCAGAAAUCAAUCGAGACAUCAGCGAAAGAACAAGAAAAAUCAACGUCUAUUAAAUUACCUGUGACAAAAUUUAAUGGAAAUUUUGAAAAUUGGCUCCCGUUUUGGAAUACAUUUGAGGCAGAAAUCGAUAAAUCUGACGUGCCUUCCGUGACCAAAUUUGCGUUUUUGAAAGAAUGGUUAGAGCCAAAAGUUAGAGCAGAAAUAGAAGGAUUACCUUUUACCUCAGAAGGAUAUCAAAGAAAUUAAAGUAGAUUUGGUGAGAGGAAAUGAGGGCUGGCAAGAUUGGGACCUUACACGCCUUAUCGUGGAGCUAAAGAAAUGGAGAGACAUUAAUCCAGUUGAUGAAAGCGGGAAUACCAAGAAACAACGUAAGUCUGGAUUUUAUUAUGCAAAGGACGGUGAUCGUCGUAAACGAGCAUGCGUUUAUUGUGAUGCUGAAACCCACAAUUCGAAGGAUUGCUUGACU